UUGUCGCGGGAAAAACUCGAAACCGGUGAAAAAUGAAGAUCGAGGAAGUGAAAAGCACCGUUAAAACUCAGCGCAUUGCAGCGCACACCCAUGUGAAAGGGCUCGGAUUGGACGAGAAUGGCGCACCUCUGCAGAUGGCUUCCGGACUGGUAGGACAAAAGGAUGCACGCGAAGCGGCUGGCGUGGUGGUGGAUCUGAUCAAAUCGAAAAAGAUGUCCGGACGAGCGCUGCUGCUGGCGGGACCCCCGGGUACGGGCAAAACUGCCAUCGCUUUGGCCAUAGCACAUGAGUUGGGGAACAAGGUGCCGUUCUGUCCGAUGGUUGGCUCGGAGGUUUUCAGCAGUGAGAUCAAAAAGACCGAGGUGCUGAUGGAAAACUUCCGGCGCUCCAUUGGUUUGCGAAUUCGCGAAACGAAGGAGGUGUACGAGGGAGAGGUCACGGAACUUACGCCGGUUGAGACGGAAAACCCUAUGGGAGGAUACGGCAAAACCAUCAGCAAUGUGGUUAUCGGGCUAAAGACCGCAAAGGGAACGAAGCAGCUGAAGUUGGACCCUAGCAUCUACGAAACAUUGCAGCGCGAGAAGGUGGAAGUUGGGGACGUGAUUUACAUUGAAGCAAACAGUGGAGCCGUCAAACGUCAGGGUCGUAGCGACACGUUUGCCACCGAGUUCGAUCUGGAAACCGAGGAGUACGUCCCGCUUCCGAAGGGUGAGGUACACAAGAAGAAGGAAGUGGUGCAGGACGUAACACUGCAUGAUUUGGAUGCCGCCAACGCGCGGCCGCAGGGAGGUCAGGACGUACUUUCGAUUGUCGGUCAAAUGAUGAAGCCGAAGAAAACGGAAAUCACAGACAAACUGCGAACUGAAAUCAACAAAAUCGUCAACAAAUACAUCGACCAGGGAAUCGCGGAACUUGUACCCGGCGUCCUGUUCAUCGACGAGGUACACAUGCUCGAUCUGGAGUGCUUUACGUAUCUGCACAAAUCGCUGGAAUCGGCCAUCGCCCCCAUCGUCAUCUUUGCCACCAACCGUGGUCGGUGCGUCAUUCGCGGAACGGAUGACAUCCUAUCCCCACACGGCAUUCCGUUGGAUCUGUUGGAUCGACUGUUGAUCGUUCGCACGUCGCCAUACAACAUGAGCGAAAUGGAGCAAAUCAUACGCCUGCGAGCGCAAACGGAAGGACUUAGCGUGGAGGACGCUGCCAUUCUGGCGUUGAGUGAGAUCGGUUCCAACACUACACUCCGCUACGCGGUUCAGCUAUUAACACCGGCCAACCAGACAAGCAAAGUGAAUGGUCGCACCCAGAUCACCAAAGACGACAUCAUGGACGUACAAUCUCUGUUUUUGGAUGCCAAGCGGUCAGCAAAGUUUUUGCAAGAAGAAAACACCAAGUACAUGCAGUAAGAUGUGUGUGACGUGGUUCGGUGCGUGGCGU